AAUAUAAGCAUACUGCUAAAGGAAGCACUGGGUCGCAGAACUGCAUCUUAGUAUUGACAGUAUUUAAAAUAGUGGCGGCGCGGAUAAAGUCUAUACUUGAAUACUGCAAUUUUUUAUCCUUGCGCGAGCUUCAUACUGUCACAAUGACCUUCCACGAACAGUCCCUGUUGAUACUGCGAGUAUUAAAUUUCGUAACCUGUUGUUUUGUAUUGUGUUCCCUCCAACCAGCGCUUGCACAAGCGACUGAUCAAGAAAUAUCUCGCUGUGGACUCACGCGAACCUAUCAGCAUCUCAUCGAAGCUGAGGAUGCGUCCGCGCACUUCUCGAAGCUUAUCGGAGGCUCGGAGGCGGUCGCAGGAAGCUGGCCAUGGCAAAUCCGGCUAGGAAUCCGUGCUCCUAACCGGCAGAUCAUGUGGAUGUGUGGCGGCAGUAUUCUUUCUGACAUUUACAUCAUCACCGCAGCCCAUUGUUUGGAACCGGGUUUGAAUAUGCCGUACGUCGUUCGCAUCGGGGAACACAGUGCGAAUCGUGUGGACGACGGUGCCGAAGAUAUUCCCGUCUUACGUGCACGUAUUCAUGAGAAAUACAACAAGUUGGCAAACUACUUGAACGACAUUGCCAUACUGCGUCUCUCGAGACCAAUUAAGUUCCGGGAGAAUGUCCUUCCUGUUUGUCUUCCGUCUGCGAACGAUGACCCGCCUGCCGGUACGUCGUGCUUCGUGACUGGCUGGGGAAAUACCGGGCCAGGAAAGCCGCCGUUUAGCAGUGUACUUAAAGAAGGAAAGGUGCGAGUUAUCGGCCGAGGCAUAUGUCAGUCGCCGUUCUUCUGGGGCAGUGGCGUUAGGAAUACCAAUAUAUGCGCCGGAUAUCCAGAAGGUCAAACGGACGCUUGUAGGGGCGACAGCGGAGGCCCUCUGGUGUGUCAGCACCCGAACGGGAAGCAAUGGGUGCUGCAAGGACUUGUCAGUUUCGGUUGGAGCCAAGGGUGUGGUUUUCCGGGAAAACCGGCAGUAUAUACAAGGGUGUCUCACUAUCUCAGUUGGAUCGAGAAGACCACUGGCUCCACAAUCACAUCUUGAUUCCGGAUGGCAUGGACAGAUGAUACUGUCGUGAUACCCUCUCCGAGGAACCUGUUCAAGACUCUUACACAAAGUUAAUUUAUUUAUUUUAGGGAGUUCCCAGCUAAUUUUGUCAAUCAUUCCAGACCAAAGCGUUCAGAGUUUUCGCUUCGAAAAUAUAUCAGAUACUAGUAAUUUCAUUCUGCACUCUAAUUGCUGAGUGCUAUGCUUCAAAUAUGUAUAUGUACAUCUGUGAGACGGCAAUGCCAUUGAUGGAUUAUUUUUCCGACAAAUUUUAUUUUUAGUUUAAUAUUUGUUUGGUAUUCUGCAGGCCGGUAUUACAGAUUUCAAAAUCAGUCACAAUAAAUUUUAUUACUU